CAGAAGUAUCAGUCACUGACCAACCAACAAACCCAAACAACCAACUCAACAUGAAGUUCCUCAUCUGCUUGACCCUCUGCAUUGCCGCCGCCCAGGCAGGAUUCAUCGCAUCCCCAGUGGCCACCUAUGCCGCCACCUACUCCUCAGCUGCUCCCUUGGCCUACUCCGCACCAGUCUACUCCGCUCCAGCCUACUCCACCUACGCCGCCGCCGCUCUUCCCGCCUACACAUCCUACUCCGCUUACAGUGCUCCUGCUUACGCCGCUCCUGUGACCACAUAUGCCGCAGGAACUGCCUUUGCUGCUCCCAUCACCACCUACGCAGCUCCGGCUGUCGUCAGCUCCAUCCUGAAGAAGAAGUGAUCAGGACUCCUCUGGAAGUCGCAAUGACCGUUUAACGAUUCGAAACAUAACGAUUCCUUACCUAAAUAUAACAUAUAUGAGACCAAA